UCUCUCCCUCUCUCUGUUGCUGGAGGACAGGCGGCGGUGGCAGCGGUGGUACGGCUCGUUGUCUCGGUCGGACUGGGAGUUUUGCUUCUCCUCGGUGCGCUCUCUUCUUGUGCACUCCUGGACGCGGAGGAAUUGGAGGACUGAUCAUGGGGUCAUCAUCGCCAUCAUCUUCAGCAGCAUCAGCAGCAGCAUCAGCACCGCACUUUACUUUCUCGGCAGCGCCGGAUCACGACGAGAGCGCACUGAAAUAAAACUCCGUGGCUUUGUCGUCGCUUUCCGUUCCUGGAAACUUUUCUUUUUUUACCCCUCCCAUCAAUUUUUUAUCAUAAAGCGUGUGGAAUGGAGGUCCCAACUUUCCUGCUGUCGUGUCUUGCUCUGCUCUUCGUUGGAGGGGAUAUUUUCACCAGGGCCAUGCUGAGUGACAUUGGGGACUAUGUAGGUACAGACAUUGAAAUAUCCUGGUUACCUAAUCUGGAUGAUUUAAUGAAGGGCUAUGCCAGAAAUUUUCGCCCUGGGAUAGGAGGUCCACCAGUGAACGUGGCCAUGGCUAUUGAAGUGGCCAGCAUUGACCACAUCUCUGAAGCCAACAUGGAAUACACUAUGACCGUGUUCCUGCGGCAGAGCUGGCAUGAUGACCGCCUGUCCUACAAUCACACCAACAAGACGCUGGGGUUGGACAGUCGAUUUGUGGACAAGCUGUGGCUGCCCGACACUUUCAUCGUCAAUGCCAAAUCUGCUUGGUUCCACGAUGUCACCGUGGAGAACAAGUUGAUCCGCCUGCAGCCCAACGGAGUCAUUCUAUACAGCAGCCGAAUCACUUCGACGGUGGCGUGUGAUAUGGACCUGACCAAGUAUCCCAUGGAUGAACAGGAGUGUAUGCUGGACCUGGAAAGCUACGGUUACUCCUCAGAGGACAUUGUUUAUCACUGGUCGGAGAGUCAGCGACACAUCCACGGCCUGGACAAGCUGGAGCUCUCCCAGUUCACCAUCACAGACUAUCGGUUUGUCACUGAGAUGAUGAACUUCAAAUCUGCGGGACGAUUUCCAAGGCUCAGUCUUCGCUUCCAGCUGAGACGUAAUAGAGGCGUCUACAUCAUUCAGUCGUACAUGCCUUCGAUAUUACUGGUUGCCAUGUCCUGGGUGUCCUUUUGGAUCAGCCAAUCAGCAGUCCCUGCUCGUGUGACCUUAGGGAUCACGACUGUUCUCACCAUGACCACGCUGAUGGUAAGCGCCCGCUCCUCCCUGCCUCGGGCGUCAGCCAUCAAGGCGUUAGAUGUCUAUUUCUGGAUCUGUUACGUGUUUGUGUUUGCGGCGCUCAUUGAGUACGCUUUCGCUCACUACAAUGCUGACUACCGACUCAAAGAGAAGGCCAAGGUGAAGGCCAGCAAGCUGAGCUCUGAGUCCAUUGUGAAGAAUGGCAAACAGGCUAUGGUUUUGUUUUCCCUGUCGGUGACCGGAAUGAACCAGAGUGUGAUGAUCUCCAAUCGCCACGGGAGGGCCCAGCGCUCCAGCAGCGAAAUCCCCGGGGAGGGCGGCAGCGAGGAGGCUGAGCCGAGGAGAAGAAGGUCCAGGCAGACGGAGGAAACCAAGGAGGAGAAGAAGUGCUGUUCCAAGUGUGUCUGCAAGCCCAUCGAUGCCGACACCAUCGACAUCUAUGCCAGGGCUGUGUUCCCUUUCACUUUCGCUGUGGUGAACGUGAUCUACUGGGUGGCGUACACCAUGUGAGAAGGAGGCAGCAGGUCUGUGAGAAUGGCUGCUAUCCAGGACUGUAUAUAAGAAACUGCUGGAGCUGUGCCACUUCAGUGCUGGCAGACUGGUGCAGCUGAAAUACACUGCGGGCCUCAGUAAAGAAAAAAUUAUCAAAAUAAACUUCAGAAGAAACAAAGUGUUGCGGCCUGUGAAUAUGGAAAUACGGUAAUUAAUGGAAGUAGUUACAGAGAGAGUUUAAAAAAUAUUAACAGGACUUCAUAUCUUUAAAUACAAAUAAAGAAAUGUAAUGUAUAAAGGCAAAGGACUGUGUUGCCUAUUGGAGGUCUAUACAGUUUAUCUCAUCAUGUUAUAUGAACUAAGAAAUCAUUCUGCUUGAAUUCCUGCAGUACUGACCACAAGCUCACAUUGUGCAAACACAAAUAAGCAUACUUAGCUGAACUAACUCAGAGCCACAAUCUGGAGUGAACCGCCUGUUAUCUCCCAAAGAAAAUUUGCCACCCAGACUAGAGGAAAACAAGAUGAGGUGUACUGCUGUUCUGCAUGGCUGAUAACUCACUCACCCUCUUACCCUGCCAUUGCCAUCUUCGUCCCUAUCUCUCCUUUGGUCCUCCACCCAUUUUUUUUUUCAUUUAGAACACAAUCUGGAGUGUGUUAUCUCUUCUGCCAGUUCUGCCUGUUUCCUCACCAUUAAAGGACUUCUGUCAUUACCUGUGUGUGUCUUUCUCGCUGAUGAGCCUGAAAUCAAAGCAGUUGC